CCGGCCCGGCCCGGCCCGGCCCGGCCCGGCCCGACCGGACCCGCCCGGCCCAGCCGGACCCGAUCCGACCCACCCGGACCCGCCCGGACCAGUCGGACCCGAUCCGACGCGCCCGGCGCCGCCCGGACCCGGCGCCGCCCGAUCCGGCCCGGACCGACCCGACUGGCCCGGACCCGUCCGGACCCACUGGACCCGAUCCGACCCACCCGGACUCGCCCGGACCAGUCGGACCCGAUCCGACCCGCCCGGACCCGCCCGGACCCGGCGCCGCCCGAUCCGACCCGGACAGACCCGACUGGCCCGGACCCGCCCGGACCCACUGGACCCGAUCCGACCCAGCCGGACCCGAUCCGACCCGGCCGGACCCACCCGGACCAGCCGGACCCGCCUGGCCCCGGCGCCGCCCGACCCGACCCGACCCGCCCGGCCCCGACCCGGCCCGUAGCGGCGCCGCCUCGGUGCCCCCGGCCCGGGCCCGGGCCCGGUGCCGGUACCGGUACCGGUACCAUGGCGCCGCUCGGCCCCGCGCUGCUGCCGCUGCUGGCGGCCGCCGCGCUCAGCCCCGGCCCUGGCCCAGACCCCGGCCCGGCCCCGCGCGCGCUGUCCUUCCUGGAGAGCCCGGCGAACCUGACGUCGUCGGUGGGCCGGGCGGCGCGGCUGCGCUGCACCGUGCGCGCCGCCGGCGAGGCGCCGGAGCUGGGCUGGCUGCGCGACGGGCGCCCGCUCGAGCUGGCCGACACCGACCAGGCCCAGGUGCCGCUCGGCGACGACCUCUGGCUGGGCACCAGCGAGCUCAGCAUCGCGGCCGUGCAGCUCUCGGACGCCGGGCGCUACCAGUGCUCGGUGCGCGUGGGCGGGGAGGAGGCGCUGUCCGCCGAGGCGCACCUGCAGCUCGAAGGGCUGCCCUUCUUCUCGGAGGAGCCGCAGGACCUGGAGGUGGGGGCCGACACCCCCUUCAACCUGAGCUGCCGGGCGCGGGGCCCCCCCGAGCCCGUGCGGGUGCUGUGGCUGCGCGACGGGGCCCCCCUGCGCGACCCCCCCGGCCCCGGCCCCGGCGGCGCCUCCACCCUGGCCGUGGGCGGGCUCAACCGCAGCGCCACGUUCUCCUGCGAAGCCCGCAACGCCCGCGGCGUCAGCGCCUCGCGCACCGCCGCCGUCACCGUGGUGCCGCAGCCCCCCAGGAACCUGGUGCUGGUGGCACCGGGGCCGAGCUCGCUGGAGGUGUCGUGGGAGCCGGGGCCGAGCGGGGACGCCCCGCUGCGCCUCUGCACCGUGCAGAGCGGCGGCGGUGGGGGGUGA